AAUCAGAGGAGCGGAAGUUUAGCGUUGCGGUAAUCCGGUUCAGACGUGACAAGUGCGGCCGACUGGACCUGAACUCAGUCCCCCUUUCUGUCCCGCAGGCUCUAAAAACUACAUUUCUGUCUAGUGCCCCUCCGCCCAGCUGGACCUGAGACCACUAGACCAUGGUGGACUGAGGUCUGGGUCCUCUCCUCAGCGGGAUAAUUGCUCCUUUGUAAGCUAGUCCGUUAUAACGGAGGGAUGUUGGGCUCCUCUCCUCCACAGGCCGGGACCAGGACCAGCCUCUAGUCCAGACCGGGUCCAGACGCCCCCGAUGAGAGCAGCAGGAGCCCCCCGGAGCCUCUGGUGAUCCCCGGGUACCCUGAUCCAGUCGGCCUCCCCCGGACUGCCUCACCGAUUCCUGCUGGAGGUGAGACCACCAGGCUUCACGGUGGAAACCAGGAGAAGAGCAAAGAUGAACGCUGUGCGGGGGGGCACAGUGACCUGGCGUCCCCAGCCGUGGCAGGACGGGGACGGGGGCGGAGGAGAACCUCUGUCGGACAGCGACUCGGAGGAGGAGGACUUCCCUGAUGACAGCACCACCCCGCUGGGAGACUACAUCACACAUGGACUGAAGCAGCUCCUGGAUGCUCAGCAGCUGUGUGAUGUCACUCUGCUGGUCGAGGGAAAGAAGUUCAUGUGUCACAGAGUGCUCCUAGCAGCCGUGAGCCCGUACUUCCGGGCCAUGUUCACCAGCCCGCUGGUGGAGUCCCGCCUCACGGAGAUCCGCCUGGAGGAAGUGACGCCGUCCGUCAUGGAGACGGUCAUCCAGUUUGUUUACACCGGCGAGGCGGGGCUUUCUCUGGACACGGCCGAGGAUCUGUUCGUGGCCGCCAACCGGCUCCAGGUCAUGCCCCUUCAGGACCUGUGCUCCAGGUUUCUGUUUGAGCACCUGUCGGUGGAUAACUGUCUGGGCAUGUACUCUCUGGCUCGCUCCCACCACGACCAGCUGCUGCUGCGAGCGUCUCUGCGGCUGGUAGCGCAGCACUUCCCCCGGGUGGCCCGGCAGAAAGACUUCCUGCUGCUGGACCACGGCACCUUGGGCAGCCUGCUGAGCUCGGACCGGCUGGGCGUGGACUCCGAGGCGGAGGUCUACGACGCUGCACGCCGCUGGGCGGAGCACCAACCUUUAGACCGCUACGCCCACAUGCCGGCGCUGCUGCACCACCUGCGGCCCGGCCUGCUGUCCCAGGAGGAGAGCCGGAGACUGUGCCAGGAGCUGGGCCCCGCGGCAGCCGGAGAGGGUCUGGGUGGACCCCUGAGACCACGGGAAGGCAUGUUCGAGAAGAAGAUCGUCUGCGUGGACCUGACGCCGCGGGAAGACGAGAAUCUAGCUGCCAGAGACUACACGGUGGACUGCUUUGACCCUCGGACAGGGAAGUGGGAGAAGCUAGCAGCUCUGGGGUCCCUGGUGAGUCCCGGCUGCACGGCGGUGGGGGACCGGCUGUUUGUGGCGGGGGGCAUCCUGAGGACCGGCUCCGUGUCUGCAGCCGUGCACGAGUACGACGCCGUGCUGGACCGCUGGAUAGAGCGGCCCUCCAUGGUGCAGCCGCGGGCCAUGCUGGGUCUGCUGGGCUGUGGAGAGUCCAUCUUUGCCUUGGGGGGCAGUAACCGCUCCGCCCUGCUGGACUCCAGCGAGACCCUGGAGCUGAGCACGCUGCAGUGGGCCCCGGGGCCGCGGCUACCGCUCCCGCUGCGCGCCUUCGCCUGCGCGGCGUUACGGGGACGGCUUUACCUUCUGGGAGGAACGACACUGGAACAGAACCGAGCCGUGGUCCACUCGGGGGUCCUGAUCUAUCACACCCUGACGGACUGCUGGACCCGCGUGGCGCUGGACUCCGGCGCCACCUGUCUGGCCGGAGGAGUCGCGGUGCGAGGAGGCGUGUGCGCCAUCGGGGGCUACAUGAGGGACACCACCAAGUUCCUGGAUGGGAACUACACUAACCUGGAGACGCUAGACGCCACUGGGCGCGUGCUGUUCUUCAGAGAGGGGAGGGGCUCUGGCGUGGAGCGGGAGGUCACCGGGGGGGGGGUGAUGGUCACGGCGGAGCAGCGAGGGGGCGCCGGCGGUGGGAGCGACCGCGCCCCCAGCCCCGUGGUGUUUCCCGGGCUGCCGCGGCGGAUUGCGGCCGGGGGCGUGGCCAGGUGGAAACGCAGGAUUUACGUGCUGGGGGGCGAGAACGGGUCCCGGUUCUACGACAGCGUGUACUGCUGGAAGCCCGGCUGGAGGAGCUGGGUCCAGAGACGAGAGAAACUCCCCGGAGACACGGGAGGGGUCAGCCAGUUCGGGUGCACCACCUUAAAGUUCCCUAAGAAACACAUCCUGUCCAGACUGAGACUAGCCAAAGAAAACUGCAAGAAGGCCGCCGACUAGAACCAGAAGAACACGAGACACAGAGAGGAGCUCCGGGCUGAGAUGAUUGGUUCUCCUUGACCUCAUGAAAUGUUGCUAUUUAGAGGAAGUCACAAGGAAGAGACCGUUUUUCUACAGUCUGACUGCAGCCCAGAGCCUCUAAUGGGCCCAUAAUGGACAUAUGUGAUGGAUUCAUGUCUAUGGAUGGUGAAAUGUACAGGCAGAGAGCCAGAAUCUGGUUAAAGUCAGGCAACGAGCACCUGAAUGUAACCUAGUUCACUAUUUGUCAGAACAGAAAAGUCCUUUGAGAGAGAACGGGCCUUUCUAAUCGUUUUCUUGAAGUGUAAUAUUAUUUUCAGCUUUUUGCUGGUGUAAUUUUUUAAGGCUGUUUGGAAAAACCAUUUCAAUGCUGUGAAUUUUCUAGCAGCAUUUAGUUUAGACACAAGGAUCCUGGCACAUGUCUGACCACGCUGUGUUCCACUCUGAUGCCAAAACUCUAACUAACGUCUGACGCCUUCGACACUAAGCAACUCAAACUAAAAUAAAAAACGUGUUGCACAUUUUUACCACAGACACACUCAUGACUCGCACAUCACUAUUAUAUGAAUUAUAAAUCUGAAACUGAAACUUUAAUUUUCAAACUCAUGAACCAUUUAGGAGAUAAUAUAUAUGACUUACUGUCAGUUCAUCAAUUUGUCUUUAGCUGCAGUUAGCAGAAUGCUAAACUAUUAGAAAUAUUUUCUCUCCAUGUCUGAAAGGCUUUGUCAAUAUUUAUCUUUUUCAAUAUUUCUAAUCAAUAUUAUUUAUCUUCUUGGUUUUCUUCUGGCCAUUGCUGGAACAGCAACUUAUCUGCUGGAUUUUCCCACCAUUGAAUCAUCUAAAGUGACGAGCAUGCACAUUUGUGGAACAGCCAAUAGGAACGCCCUCUCACUCUGAAGGAGUGCUGAUUGGUCGAAGCCUCCCAUCACAGGCUAGAAGUCUAAUUUUCUCUCAGACGACUUGAAUUACAAUAUGCUGAAAGGGUUAUUAUGGCAUUUUUUGCCUAAUAAUGCCUGAAUAAAACUGCCUUGCCCAGCUGUUAAUGAUCUUCUAAAGGUCCUGCCUCUAACAAGUGGAACAUAGCGAUGGUAGAAAUGUGCAGACGAGGCUGGAAAAUAUGCAAAAAAUAAAGAUGAUAGAGUACCAUCUUCCAUAAUGAUAUAUAUGACAAUGUGUGCUUUAAGAAUAGAAAGUCUACUGUUAGAAGGAUUUGAUAGAAGGUGCUCUGCAUCGUCCUUGUGUCUAGACUAGUGAACCUUUCUACACCUUGAAGCCAGGUGAACAGGUGUCUCUACUUGACUCAGCAGCCUUGUUCAAAUGAUAAUUAGUAGGAAUUGCUCCAGCCAGGACUCAUGAAUGUGUGAGGCAUGGAGGUUAUUAUUAUCUGAACACAUUAGCACUGCACCUAAUUUAUUGAAAUGUAUUUUUAAGUUGUUUUUGUUGUUGUUUGUAACUUUUGAUCAGACUGAUGAGUCCUGCAGGAUGGCACUAUAAGAUGUGUUGAGAUCUGGAAGGACUGAGGGAUUUAAAGUAACUUCAUUCUCAAAUGAUCAUUUUUAUUAAAGGUCAAUAAGUUUGCCCACAAAUAUAAGCACAUUGUUUUGCUGUAAGCUACCAUGUAUUCUUUGAUCUCUUCUGUUUUUUCUUCUCUUAUUUAUUUAUUUCCAUGAAAGACAUUUCAGCCAGCUCUUUGAUUGCAAAACUACCAAACAGGCCCAGAAAAUAUACAGGUGUUUUUGUAUUUUUUGCCAUUAUGGGCUCAUGUUAAUUCAUGAAAUAUAAGGCUUAAUGUCAGAUUAAAUUAAAAUGCUGAAAUGUAGCAGGGAACUAUUUUGGAAUUAAUUCACCCAGAAAUAAUUAUCUUAAAAAUGUAAGUUUCAACACAGCGGGCCGAUAAACGUUAUCAGGCAUAACUUUAGACUGGUUAACAGUGGUACAGUUUAGAUAAUAAUAAUAGGCUUUAAACAACAAAUAAAGACAUACUGCACACUUCAACAUGUUUCUGAGCAGUUCACUGAAUAAUCUAACGAUACUGUGAUGAAACAUGUUGAUGCUGGUGUUGAUUUUGACAUUUCUUACCAAUCCAAGAGUCAUUGAUUGAAAAUCUGUUUUAAAUCAGCCCUGAACUAACCAGGCUCCUCCAGACCAGGAGGUGCAGGAUGUGUGUCUGUAAUGGCAAAAUAGAUUUCUUUUUCAAAUCUUACAACUUGUAUAAGUCAAAGUGUGACUCUGCACAGUAUCCUGGACCUGCAACGUGGAUUUAUUUUAGUUAACUGAACCAUCAAAGGAACUCAUACCUGUUAAAAGGCAUUUUAUUUUGGUGAGAAAGAGAGAAACCAGACCAUUGGCCUUAGAUUCAUAUUAAAAGAAUACAACGAUUCUAAUUAGAUUGUGGUCAGGUUUGCCUGAAUGAGGCAACUAAGCAAUACAAAAGUACAUCUGAUAAUUUCAGACACUCCCAUGUAGAAGUUUCCAAAGUGUUGCAGCAGCUCCCUGAGGAACAGGACGCUGGAACUUCCCUAAUUUCCCAGCGAGCAGCAGAUGUUUGAUGAUCUCUCAGCCAGCAGCUUGUGAUUUCUAGUCUUCUCUUUAUUUAUUAUUAUUAUCAGUAGUAUGUUCACUAGUCAGACACACAGCCCAUAUCAUUCUUUGUUUCAGUCGUUUUGGUUGGUAAAGAGAUGUUAGCUUCAGUUUGUGCUUUGAGAAAAAUUAAUUCACGUCACAUUAUCUUUUUUUUCAUUUCACGCUCUGAAUUUUCACCUUGAAAAUGUCCAAUGAGUUCUUCCCUUCAUGUGCUUACAGCUGGUGUGACCUGUGGAAGGUGAUGUGUGCAUGUUUUCCUGCCGAGGCGUAAAUCUGCUCUUAGCACACACCCUCUACUGUGUGUCCACUCAGAGGAGAGAAGCUGCCCUCAUGUGUACAAUCUAAUCAAGUUUGUGAACUGAAAGGCAAAUGGAUGUUUUGAUGAAAGCAGUGCUAUCAAAUGAUUAAAGGACUAUUUGCUUA